UGUAUUUCGUAAAGUUGCAUGAAAUAUUUAUACAAAAGUGGCAUUAGAGCCAUGGCAAGCAAAAACUCAACCCUGUCAAGCAAAUUGGCGAAGCAAGUUAAGCCAGAGAAACCAACUGUGAAGUCGGAAUUAUGGGACAUUGAGGAAUUGCCAAGCGUUGCUGCUAAAGGUGGCUCACGUUACUUUUCACCUGUGCAAACACGGAAACAACGACAACUGAAUGCGCUGCCAAAAUCGAAUUUGCCCGCCAAAAAAUCCCGCCUUGCAGAAAUUUCAAAAACCACAAAGAUUCAAAUGGGCACAGCAACCAUUAUAAAAUGUGAAGUAGUACCGGAAAGUGAGAGCACACCAGAUAUGAAAAUAGAACCAGCUGGCGCAGUCAAGACCGAACAAGAGUUUCCAAACCUUAACUGGCUGCAGCAUUUGGAAAAUAUUCGAUUGAUGCGAAACGUAAAGCUUGCACCAGUUGAUACAAUGGGAUGCCAUAAAUGUGCCGAUGCCAGUGCCAACGAAAAGACGCAACGCUUUCAUAUAUUGGUGGGUCUUAUGCUGUCCAGCCAGACGAAAGAUGAAACCACUUUUGAAGCAAUGAAACGCUUGAAGGCUCAGACUCUAACACCUGCGCGCAUAAAGGAUCUGCCUGUCGCUGAGCUGGAGCGUUUACUGCAUCCUGUUAGCUUCUAUAAAAACAAAGCCAAAUACCUAAAGCAAACAUCAGAAAUACUUGUCGACCAGUACAACGAGGACAUUCCGAAUAAUAUCAAGGAACUCUUGAAGCUGCCUGGAGUUGGUCCCAAAAUGGCACACAUCUGCAUGGCCACGGCUUGGCAAGAAAUUACAGGCAUUGGCGUCGAUACACACGUGCAUCGUAUUGCCAAUCGUUUGGCUUGGUUAAAGAAGCCCACCAAGGAGCCGGAACAAACGCGCAUUCAGCUUGAGAGCUGGCUGCCACGUCCACUCUGGGCAGAGGUAAAUCAUUUGCUUGUUGGCUUUGGGCAAACAAUUUGUACGCCUGUUAGGCCCAAUUGCUCAGAGUGUUUAAAUAACAAUAUCUGCCCAGCUGCCAUGUUGCCCAAGAAGAAGUAGGGAAGCUAAAGCGAAAGAUGAAAUAUUUUAAAGUCCUCAGCGAAGCUUAUUGAAUUAAAAUGUAUACUAAGCAUAACUUUAAUCGUAGUAGGAUCUGCUAAGCAAAAUAUUCGAGGACUUGCUUCAAAAACUUAAGUUUGUCUUAGAAUUAAUGAAAGCAAACUGAAAUAGAAUUUAAAAUAAGAGUACAGUAAAAUGGA